UCUUUGGGGGCGUGGCCUGGCCGGGUCCAGCCAGGCGGGCUGCAGUCCCUAGUUCCGGUGGUAGUGGCGCCGUCCGGACCCACGUUGGGCCUUCCGCUUCUGCCGCUGGUCGAGGCUGCAGCCCCGUUAGCCAUGGCUCUGCGUGUGGCCGUGUUCGACCUUGAUGGGGUGCUGGCUGUGCCCUCGGUCGCGGGCGCCCUUAGCCGCGCGGAGGAAGCCCUGGCCCUGCCCAGGGACUUUCUGAGUGACACUUUCCUGAAGGAAGGCUCGCAUGGUUCCAGCGCCCGCCUCAUGAGAGGCGAGAUCACAUUUUCCCAGUGGGUGCCACUCAUGGAAGAAAACUGCAGGAAGCGCUCCGAAGCCUCUGGAAUACACCUCCCUGAGGGUUUCUCUAUACAACAAAUCUUUGGCCAGGCAAUUUCAGCAAGAAGCAUCAACCGGCCCAUGCUUCAGGUGGCGCUGGCUCUCAGGACAAAGGGAUUUAAAACCUGCAUCCUCACCAACAACUGGCUGGAUGACAGAGCCGAGAGAGGCGACCUGGCCCGGAUGAUGUGUGAGCUGAGCCCGCACUUCGACCUCUUGGUAGAGUCCUGCCAGGUCGGGAUGGUCAAGCCUGACCCUGAGCUCUACAAGCUUGUCCUGGACACCCUGGAGGCCAGUCCCAGUGAGGUGGUUUUCCUAGAUGACUUCGUGUCUAAUCUGAAGCCGGCCCGUGACUUGGGAAUGGUCACCAUCCUCGCCCGCGACACCAACAUGGCCCUGAGGGAACUGGAGAAAGUGACUGGGACACAGCUUCUCCAAACUGCAGCCCCUUUGCCAGUCCGGUGCAGCCCAAGUGACGUGAGCCAUGGGUUUGUGACCGUUAAGCCUGGGGUCCGUCUGCACUUCGUGGAGCUGGGCUCUGGCCCUGCUGUGUGCCUCUGCCAUGGGUUUCCCGAGAGCUGGUUCUCUUGGAGGUACCAGAUCCCUGCUCUGGCCCACGCGGGCUACCGGGUCCUAGCGAUGGACAUGAAAGGCUACGGCGACUCGUCCUCCCCUCCCGAAAUAGAAGAAUACUCCAUGGAAGUGCUAUGUAAGGAGAUGGUGACCUUCCUGGAUAAGUUGGGCAUUCCGCAGGCGGUGUUUAUUGGCCACGAUUGGGCAGGUGUUCUGGUGUGGAGCAUGGCCCUCUUCUACCCGGAGAGAGUGAGGGCAGUGGCCAGUUUGAACACCCCUUUCAUCCCAGCAAAUCCCAAGGUGCACCCCAUGGAGACCAUCAAAGCCAUUCCAGUCUUUGAUUACCAGCUCUACUUCCAAGAACCAGGAGUGGCGGAGGCUGAGCUGGAGCAGAACCUGAGUCGCACCUUCAAAUCCAUCUUCAGAGCCAGCGAUGAGAAUUUUCUCACUGUGCAUAAAGUCACCGAAAUGGGAGGACUCUUUGUGCAGACCCCAGAGGACCCCGGUCUCAGCAAGAUGGUCACUGAGGAAGAUAUUCAGUACUACGUGCAGCAGUUCAAGAAGUCUGGCUUCAGAGGCCCCCUGAACUGGUACCGCAACAUGGAACGGAACUGGAAGUGGGGCUGCAGAGCUGUGGGCCGGAAGAUCCUGAUCCCAGCCCUGAUGGUGACAGCAGAGGAAGAUUUCAUACUCUUCCCUGAAUUGUCCAAGCACAUGGAGGACUGGAUUCCCCACCUGAAAAGGGGACACAUUAAGAAUUGCGGACACUGGACACAGAUGCAGAAGCCGGCUGAGGUGAACCAGAUCCUCAUUGAUUGGCUGGAGGCCGAAGUGAGGAACUCGACCCUCGUCUCAAAGAUUUAACCUGUACCCCAUCCUCUCCCUUGGUCAUUGGGGGAAGUCUUGGUGAUCAGAUGUGGCAUCACACACGUCUCUUAGAAGUCGCUCUUGGAUCCGAAGGGGUUGCACGAAAAGUGAUUUUUCUCUAAGAGAAGCCAAUCUAGUUUGAAAAUUUUACUUGCAGGGAAAUCUGUGUUAAUCAUCUGGGUAGAAUCACACAGGUGGCAGAUGUCUGGUGGCCACAAGACAGGAGCAUGAAGAGGCUGGAGUGGAAGACAGACUGGGUCAGAGUGGUCAGUGCCCUUGGGGACAUGGUGAGGUGGUCUCAUGGUGAUUUCUCUUUGACAGUUCAGUUUUGAAGGAAAAUCUGCAGUUCCUUUUGAAGUGUCUCAGCAGAGAUUAGGAUUCUUUAAUCAAUAAAACUAAGAAA